ACCAUCCCAUGGUUAGUGUCUGCCAGAUUUCACUUAGCCCUUAAAAAUGGGAUCCCUGCAUUAUUUCAGCAUCCUUCUGGCUCUAUUCCUCUGUUCUUCUUACUCCUUCGUUGCUGGGCAAAAUCUGCCAUUCAAAGCAGUGAAUCUGGGGAAUUGGCUCGUUACAGAGGGCUGGAUGAAACCAUCUCUCUUUGAUGGAAUUGUUAACAAAGAUCUCUUGGAUGGAACUCAAGUGCAAUUGAAGUCUACUAAGUUGCAGAAGUUUCUGGUGGCUGAAAACGGAGGAGGAGAUAAUGUUAUGGCUAACCGUGAUUCUGCUUCAGGCUGGGAAACUUUCAGGUUAUGGAGGGUGAGCGAUUCUAGCUUCAAUUUCAGAGUAUUCGGCAAGCAAUUCAUUGGUUUAGAUGCUUCAAACAAGCUAGUCGCAACUUCGAACUCACCUAGCGACCCAGAAACGUUUCAGAUUAUAAGGAACAGUGGCGAUCCAUCCAAAAUUCGCAUCCAAGCAUCAAACGGUCUCUUCCUACAGGCUCAAUCGGAGACGGCGGUGAGUGCUGAUUAUCAAGGCUCGACGAACUGGGAAGACGGCGACCCGUCUGUGUUCCUUAUGACAAUAGUGAAAACAUUACAAGGAGAGUAUCAAAUUACUAAUGGCUAUGGCCCUGACAAAGCUCCUCAAGUCAUGCAGGAUCAUUGGAACACGUACAUCACUGAAGAAGAUUUCAGAUUCAUGUCUGAAAAUGGGUUGACCGCUGUUAGAAUUCCGGUCGGUUGGUGGAUAGCUCACGACCCCAACCCUCCCAAGCCUUUCGUCGGAGGAUCUCUGGCAGCAUUGGACAAUGCCUUCACUUGGGCCCAAAACCACGGGAUGGAAGUGAUAGUGGACCUUCAUGCAGUUCAAGGUUCACAGAAUGGGAACGAUCACAGUGGAACAAGAGACGGAUAUACUGAAUGGGGAGAUUCAGAAAUACAAGACACAGUCGCAGUAAUUGACUUCUUAGCAGAAAGAUAUGGGAACAAACCUAGUCUAGGAGGAAUCGAACUGAUGAACGAGCCAACAUUAGGACCUAAUUUGGACAGCCUGAAGAAGUAUUACCAACAAGCUUACGAUGCAGUGAGGAAAUACUCUGAAAUGGCUUAUGUCAUCAUGUCAAACCCAUUAGAUCAUGGCUCCACAGAGCUUCUCUCAUUUGUCGGGAGCUUCAAUCGAGUAGUCAUUGACGUGCAUUACUACAAUUUGUAUACAGAUCAGUUCAAAAAUAUGGAUGUGCAACAGAACAUCGAUUACAUAUAUAACCAGAGAGCUUCAGAUCUCAGCGGCGUCACCACUGACAAUGGUCCUCUCAGUUUUGUAGGAGAGUGGACUGCAGAGUGGAACGUACAGGGAGCAUCAAUGGAAGAUUAUCAAAGAUAUGCAAACGCUCAACAGGAAGUGUAUUCUCGGGCUACUUUUGGAUGGGCCUAUUGGGCCUAUAAAUGCCAAUACAACCAUUGGAGUCUCAAGUGGAUGAUUGAGAAUGGUUAUAUAAAUCUCUAGUUUAGUAUUCAGUGACAUUGUCUCUGUCUCAGUCAAAAAAAUAAUGGUUAUUCGGUAUUAACCAAUCGCUUGAUAACAUUAUAAAGAAAAUAAAAGAUAGGAACUCUUGAACUCGGAUCCUAUCCAGUACUACCUACGUUUGACUUAUUAUUUAAUUGUUUUAGUAAAUUAUGCUUUGCUCA